AUGCAGCCUUCCAUUGGUGAGCCCCAGGGUGCUGCUACAAGGAUCGGCUCAGCCGAUGCCUCUGACAUGUCCCGAGUACGGUGCACUCUUCUCGUAUGCUUCGAUUUGCAAGACUCGAGGGUGAUUGCUUUGGCGGUCUCUGUCACAGAUCUCACGGAUCCUAGUCGAAGCCGGAAGAUCCAGCGAUCAGGCUCCAAGAUACUGAAAUCGUGUAUCGUUGACUCUGAAGGCGAUGUAACUGUACUGCAUGGUGGCGGUCAGAAACGAAAACUGAAUCCAUGGCAGAUCUUAGCGGAGCAGACACAAGGCCUAGGGGAAGAUAGACCAAGGUAA